GCGGUAACCCUGAGCGUCCCCGUCCCGCGCUCACUCAGUUCUAGUGCUCGUUGCUCGGAGCUCACGUUCCUUUCCGUGCUUCUGCUACGCUUUUGCCCUGCCCUGUUCGGCUGGGUGUCGUGUUCGUGCUUGAGUUUUAUCGCAAGCGUCGGAGCUCCUUUAGCCAAUCCUCCCAAAGUCGUAUCAGCGCCCAGGUCGAGUCAACGCUCCAAUGAAAGCGCGGCGACCCCUUCCUAAUCGUGGACGCUCCUGAUAGUUCGACAUAUCGCACCAUGCGAGAGUGAGAUAGAGAAAUAUAUAUGUACAGAAAUAUUAAAUAUACACGGUACCAGUUAGAAAUACACUCUUAAAGGAUGAUAAAUUAUAAAGUAGAGAAAUGAAAGCUAUAACUAUGGUUGUGAGGAAAAUCGAGAGGAGGAAAACCGAAGUGCCGAAGCGGACGACGCGAGCUGGCCGAGCAGGCGACGACGAGGCCAUAGCUGGAGCCAGGCGGGCAGAGAGCGCGUCAAGUUGGACCAUGGAGAGAUUUUCCCCCGACCUGAUGCUCACAGCCAGGCAAGAGCUUGGUGAAACGCCGAAAGUCAAGAGGGACGCUGUGGCUCAAUUGCGGACACUCCUCGCCGAGGACCUGGCGCUGAAAUGCCCCCUGGACGAGGAGUUCUUGGUGAAGUUCCUGCGUUGCCGAAAGUACCGCGUCAAGGAAACCUUGGAAGUAAUCCGGAAGUACUUCCACGUCCGGCGAGAAUACACCGACGUCUACGAUAAUCUACUGCCAUCACGUAUCUUGUUCGAUGCGAUAUUCCGCCAAAACAAACUCAUCUCCAUUCUCAAGCAACCCGACCCUCAGGGGAGGCUGAUAGCCUGUUGUAAGCUGGGUGUUUGGAACCCGGACGUUUGCCCGCUCGUCGAGUUCCUCAGAGCGGUCGUUGUUUCAGCAGAAUGGACCCUGCUGAACCAGGCGUUUCAAAUCGCAGGUGUCGUGGCAUUGGUGGACAUGGAAGAACUUCACCUCACUCACCUUCUUCACUACACACCGUCGGAAAUCAGAAGGGUGUUCAAGCUAGUUCAGGAAUGCUACCCCGUGCGCCUCAGGGGUAUCUACGUCGUAAACAACCCUCCAGUCUUUCAGCUCUUGUACGCUCUCGUCAAGUUGGUGCUGAAGCCUAAGCUUCAGAGGAGGAUACACAUCAUUGGGCGCGACUACCAGAAGCUUCAUAAGCUCAUUCCUCGCGAACGACUGCCCGAAGAAUACGACGGCACCCUGGAAAAAUACGACUACGACGAUCUUGAAAGGAAGUUGCUAAGCCAAGAAAACUUUUUUGUGGAGCUUGGCAGCUACGGCUACCAGUAAAGACAGCCAGGGAAAGAAUCGACUGGAGUGAAUAAAUCAUCCGAGUGCGCUUAAAAGAGCCUGGCGAAGCGACUAGCCUGCGCAAUGCUCUACAUUGUCUCGUAAGAAAAUAAAUAUUUACCCGCAGGUUUCCGUAGCACCAAUUGAA